AUGCGAAUUUGCGAGUGCCACAACAUGUCCUUCACAAGCAGUGAACUGAACUAUGUCGUCUGGAGAUAUCUGCAUGAGUCUGGUUUCCAUCACAGUGCUUAUGUCUUUGGCAACGAGUCCAAACUACUCGAUUUCACGCCUCCUUUCAUGGAUCUGCCCUCAGGAUCACUCGUAAUGCUCGUGCAGAGAGGAUUAUAUUACACUGAUGCUGAGCUAAGAGCCAAAAACGACGAGUUUCCAGCUGAAAGCGGAGACGACUGCAAGAUCAGUCUUAUCGAAGGAGCUGCACAUCUGAACCCUAACUCAAAUAUGAUAAUGGAAAUGAUGCCACACUCAUCAGACGCCGAAACUUCCAACGAAGAGAAUAAUGGAACGCCGGCAAGCAAUGGAAACACAGAAGCGACGUCAACGCGUAAGAUGAUCGCGGGAAAUGGUGAACUGCCACAGCAUGAUCCCAAGAUGUCUAUAGAAAUGUUACGAGAAUAUUUCGAAAACAAAUGGAAGCGAAGCGGACCACUGGAAUCUCUUCCCAACCUGGCCCCACCGACGUUUAAGACAGCUGAUUUGAAUACUGCUAACAGCGAUUAGUAGUGUAAGCUUGGAGAACGUAAAAGUGGAUGCAUGAUUGGAAGCUAGUACUUACCAACCGAAGCUUUGCUACUUUUGCUUUUCUAGAUGUCUCUCCAUAAAUUGAUUCGCCUAACCAACUAAUCGGAUAGUGACAUGCGUCAGCUCUAUACAAAGGCAAUCCUCAUUUCUCUGG